AUGCCCAUCGUCGUCGAUGGCGACCGCGUCAUCUUCACAUUCGGAACAAGCAGCCGCCGUUCGGCGCCGGGCUUCACCAAAGAAACUUCCCUUCGCCGCACCGAGGUCGUCGCAGGCACCGAACGCGUCGAGCCCGUGGGCGUCCAGCUCCUCGGCGGCAACGGCACCAGGUUGGGGCGGGUAGACGGGAGCGAGGAGGACGGCCCCAGGCGGGAGAGGAUGGUUGAUGCGGCGGGUAUAUGGGAGGAGGCAUCAGGCAGCGGCGGCACCAGCUCAACAGCAGCACACAUUCGCCUUGAGCAGUCUGCGAAUGCAAUCACCCGGGCCGAUCCCAACGCGGACAUCAACGCAGAACUGCCGUUGGAAGAGACUGUGCAUGUUGGCGUGGCGUUCGUCGACAAAGUAUUCGAAAAGGUGUUCACGGUCGAGGGCGCGACAGUGCAUAACCGGCUUGAGGUCGUAGCUACAGCUAGUAGAGUGCAGACGAGGGGCAGAUACAAAGCGACGAGUGAAUUGCCAGAUCCCCAUCCAAACACUCGCAAACCUGGUUUCGCUGCGGUACAGGCAAGGUGCAGGCAGCGACUCGAACCCGCGCCUUCGUGCUUCUCGGCAUCUCCUCACUCUUCCGGCGGCGAAACUAGUUUUUCUUACACUCCAAGUCCCUUCGUACCCCACCCCAAUGGCAAGUACCUCGUUAGCUGUAGCUCGGACUGUCGUAUUGUGAUCUGCUCUCUGGAUUCUGGACUAGUGCUGCACCGCAUAGUCACGAAGUCCGCUGUCCUGUCGCUGGCUUGGACGGGGGCCCCGGACGUGUUCGUCUCUGGCACGGCGGACGGUACAUUGCUCACGGUUACCGUUGACGUCGCCCCUAUGCAGGAUGGAAUCAGUCCUGCGCCAUGUAUCCUAGCUUCGGCAGCGCACGACUUAGUCAAAGCUUGGCCCUGGGAAGACGCAGGGUGGGGACGCGGCGAAACUUUCCGACCGCCUCGCGCAAGCGCUUACAAUGGCGACGAGGAGCCACUUGUGACCUCGGUUCAAUGGCUACACAAGGACAUGCAACCUCAGAACAACCUUGUCAUUGCCUACCUGUAUCAUGGUAUACAGUUCUAUGGGUCAUACAUACUCCGCUGUGGGAGUAACCUAGCCAUCUCGAACAUAGUCAAGGGCUUCCAAGUGUACGAGUUACCCUCACAUUCUCAUGGUAUCCAUGUGAAUAUCGAGGAUAAGCCUGAUUGGCUUGUUUCCCUCCCCAUUAAAUACGCUGUUGGUGGUGCAAUGUUAUUCCAUGGAGAUUAUGGCGGUAAAGUGAGAUUCAUUGACGGCGAGCAAGGGGAGCACUUCCAAACACUGUAUCACGAAGGCUGGGACGUCAUUCAGGCACUUGAUGUCUUUGACGACAAGACGAUGGAUAGAACCAUAGUCGCGUGCGGGAGUAGUAGCCCUAGUUGUGCCAACGGCAUCUGUGUCUGGGAGGCUCAGUAA